AAAAUAAAGCUUCCGGUUUGUAGGAAAAAAUAAAAAAGUUCCAGAUUUUACAGAAUUUAUGCCAUAAUACUAGAUAAUACGGAUAAUAUUUUAGUUUUAUAUUAAUAAUUGUGAAACCACUACAUAGAGAGAUGGCAGAAAGACUAGUGAUGGACAGUAAAUCCCAUGAAUUGCGACUCGGACAAAGUUUUGACCCGACUUCAAAUGUCGGAUUUCAUUCAGUUCGAUAUGACUUUAAACCAGCUUCAGUGGAUGCCUCUAAAGUCAGCAGUGUUGACAUAAAUGAUAAAAAUGAAGUUACAAUCCAAGUUCCCCAUGUUGAGGGAGCUGGUACCACAAAUACUGUAUAUAAAGGGCCUAAGCGACCAUGUCAGAAAGAAUGCAUUCUUAUAAUUAACCAUGAUACAGGAGAGAUCAGCCUAGAGAAGCUCACCAGUACCAUCCAGCUCAAAAAAACAAGGAAAGAAGGUUCCAGCAAAGCUCAGCAACAGCUCAACAGACCUGUCACACCUGUAGAUAGAACAGGCUCCAAAAAAGGAAAACAAUCACCUGAUAAACGAAAAAAGAAGAACAGUCCAACAGAUAUAGAAAUGCAGCCAUCCCCAGCACUUUCAUAUGAGCCAUCGCCAGGCCCAUCCCCAGGUCCCUCCCCAUUCGCCCCCUCCGCCCACUCCCCAUUUGAUGUGGGGGUCAUGAGUAGUUCAGAUGAUGGAGCAGAUAGCUCUGAUGAGGAAUCUCACACUGUACCAAAUAAAGAUGUAGUUAAACAGAGUCAGAAUUCAGCGUUCCACCCACCAGAGAAACAAGGCUUCAUGAGCACAUUAAAGGAUGAUCUUCAGCUCAGCGACUCCUCAGAUUCAUCAGGAAGUGACAGUGAUUGAUGACAUCACAGCAACAACUGAUGACAUCACAGCAUAUAAUGAUGACAUGGCAAUAUGAAUGAUGAUCAUAAUGAAAUGUGGACAUCCAGUAUCAAAACUUUACUGAUGAAUAUACGAUGCCACGGAAAAUGUCUUGCAGUAUUUGGAACCAUUUGAGUGAUUGAACCAGAAAGGAUUAUUAUUAACCUCUAUUAUCCCAACAAUUUGCUGAUAUAAACAUUUUGUUUGAGCAAAUGCGUCCAUGCAUCAUGGUUUUAUUAAGAGGAGUCAUAUAGAUGGCAGGUCAAGCAGGGUUGUUCAUCACUGUUGUUGUGUUGGAUUUAAAUAUAAUAUUGCUACAAUAUGUAUGCUGACAAAAAAAUUCAACAGACAUAUUGAGAAUGGCGAGCUAAAAUCAAUUUUAUUUAGAAACUUGAUUGACCAUCAUCUGAUUUGGUCCAGGUUUAUUUUUAUUAAGUAAGCUUGCAUUCACGAAUGCAACUUUCAGCUAGCGACUACUAGUUUGAUUGCAAUUUGAGGACAAACUCAUUUAAACAUGAAUAGUACCUGCCGUGCAUCCCAGUAGUUGAUUCACCAAUUUGAUAAUUGAUGAGUAAUUCAUGAAAA